AGUUGGUCGUGUUGAAAUAGGCCCAAAAAACGGACCGACAAAAAUCGAACGGUUACCGUUUAGUUGUUUUUGCCGACACUUUCUAUCUUACCAUUCUUCUCUUAAUAGAGAAAAUUUAGUGUGAUAUUACGAUCUUCCAAUAGUUAUUUUAACUGUUAUAAUGCGUAAAUACGUGGCGUAUUAUCAUGUACCCAGUUCAGAGGAGGAGGACUGUUGCCAUGGUUACCGAGGUUAUCAGAAUUUACGGAGAGAGUCCAAAAUGAUCCUGUUCGGAAAACCGUUCCACUCCGUGACAGACAAACGGUCACAAACAAAUGACUGCGGAGAGAACAGCGUCACAAUCGUCACCGAGAAGAAGAUAGAAGAUGACGCUUCUGACUCGUCUAGCGGAGAAACUGUGGAUAUAGAAGAAAAAUCCCUACCCCUAGUGGAACCACCAUUACAAGUGAACCAAUCAGAGGAAGGCCAUGCGGCGCAGUGUGCGUGCCCGAACUGUGAUGAAGUCCUCUCAAGAUAUGCGGAGUGCAGUAUAUGUUUGGAGCCUUUACAGUGUUGCGGUCCUUGCGUAUGUCCGUGGUGUGGUGGGGUGUGGUGUGCCCGGUGCUCCCGUCGCAUGACCAGAUGUGCCUGGUGUCGAGGUGCCCUGCGGACCCCAGCGACCCCCUGCCUUGCGCUGCAACGCCUUAUCAAUGAUCUGAUGCUGCCUUGCAGGAAUUAUAGACGAGGUUGCACCGAGCUACUCACCGCAAACAUAAGAGUGAAACACGAGGAAGAAUGCAAGUUCGACACAAUGGUGUGUCCCAUAACAGCCACCUGCUGUUCCGUCCCAUUCGAGGAACUAUCCGCCCAUCUCCAGUCCACCCACAACAUCAUAGCCGUCUACUCACAAAAGAUCAAAAUCCUCAUAGAAAACUUCCAAACCAAACUAAAGAAAACCGCCUGCUGCAGGACAAAAUACAAAAUCAUCCUCCUCUACCAAAAAAGCGCUUUCAUCAUCAAAGUCUGCAUCUACAACUAUCACGUUAAAGUCGAAGUCAUGAGACGAAAACUUGGCCAUAUAGCGGACGUCAAAUCAGAAACAAAGAAAAGCGACUAUUGCGCUUUAAUCGAAUUUCAAAGUAAAGCCCUGUGUACAAAGUCUGCUAUACUAAUUGAGAAUGAAGCGUAUAGCAAGAAAGCUGAAGUACAAUGGAGCGAUGUUGUUAUGAAAGCUGAAAACGAUGAAGCUAUAACUAUCCAUGUUAAUAUAGGCAAGACAGAUAGCGAUAAUGUUAAAGAGAUUGCUGAAACGUGAUCGUGUGAUACUGUGACUGAUCUAACUGCGAAUGUGAUAUUAGAAGUUUUAAUAGUGACAGUGCGUUCUGCUCAAUCUGUUAAACGAAGUUUCGAGGACUAUGUAAAUAUUACCUAUGUAUAUUUUACUGUAUACUGUAUACUAGUUUUAUGAAUUGGACGUUUUCUUGGCUCUGCACUGUGUUCCUAUUGAAUUGUAUUUUAUAAUCGUGAACUUUUUUGAAAUGUAUUCUUUCUAUUAACGAUAUUAUUUGCUUGACAAUCAACUUGAGAAAUUUAUUUACAUAUGAAUCUUGAUUUUGCACAAAUUACUGUCAUGCAUUUUGUGUAGC